AAAAAACCAGUUACUGACCAGUUACAAAGAACUGUCUGCUAACAAAGACCGCUUGGUCAUGGACAGGGAUGGCCUUCAGUUGAAACUUUCUUAUUUAGUGAAGGCAAUGCAGCAGGGUUGGGUGUUUUUCAACACCAGUCUUUACUACAAUUCUACUGGAGAGAAGAGCUGGAGUGAGAGCAGACAGUUCUGCAGAGAGAGAGGAGCAGACCUGGUGAUCAUAAACAGCAGAGAAGAACAGGUGUUCCUCAUUAACAAUCUGGGCGGCAGUCGAGUUUGGAUUGGUCUGACUGACAUUGACAUGGAGGGAGUCUGGAAAUGGGUGGACGGAUCAGCACUGACCACUGCGUUCUGGAAGGAAGGAGAACCAAAUAAUCAUCGGAAUAAUGAGGACUGUGCUGAUAUGCAGGGUUUCCCGGACAUGAAGAUCUGGAACGACAUGCCAUGCUCUCACAAAGAAGGGUGGAUCUGUGAGAUGAGUUUUAAGUAAUACAUUCGUAACUUAUUAGUAAAGGUGGAAAAUGUUCAGCCACAAAACAAGCAGAACAUACUGAGAAUUUGAACUGUACAUUCAAAGUUUCUCUAGCAGUAGCGUAACUUGGUUUUACUUCAAAUGGUGUUUUAUACUAAGGGGCAUUUCAAACCUAUCUGUUGUAAAAAAGUGUGUGUAUGUAUGUAUAAAUAACAUCAAUAUCUGUGUCCAUUCUUUAAACUUUG